AUGGCCCCUGAAGCCUGCGGAGGCAACAAACCGCUGAGUAUGAGCGAAACACAGUCACGUUUGAGAAACUUUGAAGAGGAGGGGUACAACGUGAACGGUUUCGAUCUGGAGCCUUGGGCCUACCAUGAUUCGAUCGUGUCACAGAGUAGUGGUCAAUAUCCCGAUGAUUCAGAAGAUGUAAUCAAGCGUCGGCAGAAAGACUUCAAGGUCUUCGUACCGAAUCCGCAGACCUGGAAGUCCUACGUCGACGAGCUCAUGGAGCAAAAGCUGCGUGCUUUGGGUGUGAGUUUGGGUGAUGAUCUUGCGCCCGCUCAACCACCACCUAUGUCGAGGCAAUCUUCUGGACAUUACCAGUCUGUUUCGCCGAACAUGAUGCAUGCAGCCAUGGCUGCAGCAUCGCACCGCUCUACGCCUUCGCUGGCCCACUUCCCUACUCCAGGACACUCCUACUCAGCAUCUGUCGCCUCGCCUCUUUCCAUGCCUGGCGACCCCCGAGGCCACGCGCAUAGACACUCCGUAUUUGGCAUGCCGGGAAUGCCAUUCGGCUUCCNNCCCAAUCAGCAGAACCAGCACAACGGACUACCAGCUUUCUCUCCUUCAACGGCAAACUUCAACAUGAACGGACUUCCCAGAGGAGGGUCGCCUGCGCUGGAGAGGCUCAAGAGUGAAGGCCCACCAGCCAAAUCUCCAAUCUCGCCAUACGGCAUGCCUUCUCCCUUCGCUAGAAGUCCCCAGCCUCAGCUUGGUGACUGGCCUGGACAGGCCCACCUUAGACAUCAAUCAGUAUUCUCGAGCUUCUCUCCUCAACCUCAAGCACAGAGAAGCAUUACACCCACCCUCACUCCAGGUUCGGCAAUGCGUCCAAUCCCAUCAUUGGCCGAAGUUCCUGAGGAUGAAGAAGAGCCUAUGCAAGAUUACUUUGCUGGUGCCACACCAAGACGUCAAACACGCAAGGAUGUUGAACUUGCUCAUCCCAGUCCACGACACAACCGAAACAUCAGCGAUGCUCUGGAGAGGGAAAUUCAAGGAUCCGAUUAUCAUCUGGAGAAGUCCUUCGAGCGCCAGCUCCAGGACGAAGAAGACGCAGCCAGCAACAGUUUCAUCAGUCAAACCUCUAGUAAUGGUGCCUACGUGCCCCCUGGUAAACGCACAUCUCUUGGACAUAGUAUGAACGGAACUGCUGGCCGUAAAGACUCACCCGGUCUCAUCAACGGUCUAGCAAAGCCUGAAGCCAAGGACAGCCUUUCGAAUACUGGGCUAGCUGGUGCGCUUCAGAACAAGACCACGAACAAGGCCAAGGGACAUGUGUCAAGACUUAGUGUCGCCGCCCCCGAGUUCAAAUUUCAACCAGGUUCUGCAUUCCAGCCGACCUUGCCUAGCCUUCCCGGUCUGUCACACUUCGGUCCUCCCAUUCACAACAAUGUCACAAACCCAUCCGCCAGUGCCAUGGAUAUGUCGGCUACCGCUUUCCAGCCAUCAGGACUCGGCGUUAUGCCUUCAUCCGACUUCGUCUUUGCUUCGUCGUUCCCCUUUAACCCUGUUGCUUCCGUCCAGCAACCCAUUGCUCAUCAAGCCCCUGUUCAAUCCUCUGCUCCGAGCAUCUUUGGUGAUGUGGCCAUACCCGAGGCUACCAAGCCAGUGAGAAGAUCAAAGGCUGUGGCCAUCACUCAACCGAAGGCUUCACCCGUCAAGGAAGAACUCGAGGUUGAGGAUGAAGAUGGUCGUGUAGUACAAAGCGAGGACAGACAGAAGAGAGCUCGUGUUGGUCAAAGUGAUGGCGAUGAUGUGCCUCUCUUUGCCGAGCGGCCUGCGUCUCUCACUCGCCCGGAUGUUCAAGAACCAUCGAGCCUUGAACAAGAGAGGGCCUCAAUUGCUCCUGAACCCGAACAACCCAAAGACCUCAAAGAUGUGGCAAAAGAUGACAAGACCAACUCAGCGACCACGAAAGAGCAUGCUGCUAAAACAUCGGCCAACAUCGCCUCGGCGCAAGGCUUUGAGACUUUGACUAGGCUUCCCACCGCACGAAGCGAACAAGGUCAUAAGAAAAACUCGAGCUCCUUAUCAGCGCUCGCAAAACCCUUCGAAUUCAAAACCCAAGGAUCAAUGUCAAGCAACCAGCCCAUUGAAUCUCUUCUUCGCAGUCCCGACCCGAAUAAGACCAAACCCGACUUCAGUCCUGCGCGUGUCUUCUCACAUACUACCGAGAAGACACAGGCACCUGUGGAAGACCUCGAUUACGCUCCUUCACCUGAGCCACAGAAACAUGCGCCCUACCCUGUUGAUGACAAUGAGGGAGCUCGAUUCCCCGAGCCAACCUUUGAUGAGAUCGAUGCUGUCAUGCAGCAACUCAACGACGAUGAUGAGUAUGACCAUGUCCAGCAGGAGUUUGCUUCAGAGGUUGUCAGCCCCAAUGCAAGCGUCAUACAUCACAGCCCCAGUCGAGAUGAUAGAGACCGCUCCAUGUCUCCUCUUCCAACGCUGUCUAGAGAGCAAGUCAAGCUACGUCCAGCUCACAUCAACCGUCUCAACCGUGGUGAAGAGAUUCCUCUCAGCGAGUGGUCUGAUGACCUUUCUGUCGAUGAGGCCAGCAAGUUGCGCACUCGUAGCAAUUUCUUCGACGAUAGAGUUGACCAGAUCGUUGGCGGUGUCAUCGACCACCGCUUGGCGCCUCUGGAAAAGAGUUUGCAGAUGAUCCACCGCGCAGUGAGCACCAUCAUGACUCGAGAGCCACGACCGUCGAUGAACCGUGCUUUGUCUGUGGACGAUAGUGAUGCUGAUGAUGAAGAUGAAACCAUCGACGAAAGAUAA